UACAAAACUUGAAAAUGACUUUGAAGAAAGCAAACAUUUGAGUAAACUAAAGCUUUCGUCUGACAUUUCUUAGAGUUAAAAACGUCAGAACAUAGAUCGAAAACUCUACGCUAGGAAAUAUAUAUACCCAGUUGUGGAUCGAAAAAGGCCAAUCAGAAACGCGAGCACAUGACUGCUGAGGUUAACCAAUCAGUGCCUCUUGGCUAUUGAGAAUGUUACCAAUGGAGUCCUAAGGUGAAAACGAAUUCCUUUUGUCUACACAAUAGCGGUUUUUUCUUGCUGAUGUAGAUAGAUUCCUAAACUGCUUGAUGAAACGAUGAUCGGGCUUUACCAAUAAUCCGGAACAUGUCGCCAUUAUAGUUUUUAGCACAAUCUGAGUUUUCCAGUAAAUGCUGCCCGAUAGCAGAAUCGCAGGUUUUAGUUGUAAUUUUAGAUUUGCAAGACCGAGGUGGCUGUUCUCUAUGGGGAUGAAUUUUGUUUCUGAUAUUAGACGGAACAUAUUGUUUUAUUCUAUCCUCCAAUUUUUGACUGCCGUAAACAAACGUAAUGUUUGACUGAUUGACUGUGAUAAAUGAGUCAAUAACAUCAUCAUCAUCACUAUCUUAAAUCAAUCAAUAAACGCAGAGCGUGUCAUGGCACAAAAAGUUCUCGCACAUAUGUAAAAGAGAAACAUAUGUUCCUCGCUUUGAUUCACAGAGCAAGUUGUUGCGUUGGUCUAAACCUCCAAAUCUUAGAGCCACAGCCCGAGAAUGCCAAUUGCUAAAUCUGUACGCUUCACGUAGAAUUCCAAGGUCUUGAAGCCGCAAACCUAUAAUAUGCAUCCAUUUACUAUAGCAGCAAUCGGCCCAUCAUGCAUUGCAGGAUAAAUUCCUUCUUCUUGGCUACACGCUUCUCUGGUAACCAGGGCAGACAAAUUCUGUUGUUUGCAGAUUGGGUAAAACUAUACAACUUUUUAACAAUUUGGAGUUAUGACUUAUGAAUAGGUUGAAUCUUUAUUGCAUUCAGAAAUAUCUACCAAAGCUACCGAAUGUAUCCCUCAAUCAAAGCCAAUGCAAAUACGGUAACCCUGAAUAUAAAACACUGAUUUAUCAACAAAGUGGCAAAUGAAUACUGCAAGGCAGGUAGUGAUAGAGGCAUUACUUUAGCUACUGGCCAUAGUCGAUUGACAUGGGAUAGUUUAGUUAGAUGUCAAGGAUUUCAAUACUGUUAAUGGUCAUAGCAGCAAAGUCUCGCUCUAACCAAAUGCAGUAAGGUUAUAUUGGAAUCACAACAAUGGGCUGUUUCCAGUUCAUAUGGCUUUUUAUGGCAUUCAAGUGCAGUGUAUUUCGCCUGGCUGCUUCUCAAGUCAACAAAAAUCAAAUGUCGCCUUUGAUACAAACUGGUCCCGGUGCAGUUAAAUAUUUGAGAUCUGGUACAUCUUCACAAUACCUGUACAGAGUUUCAAAUACUGACUUCUUCGGCUACAAAAAAAGUGAUGAACCUUCACACAACCAAGUUGAAAUAUUGGCAUACUUUUUGCCGAAGGAUACUGGCCAACACGUAUUCACUGGAACUUUUUCAAAAUCUUCUUCUUUUAGCAUUUAUGCUAACCAUACAACCAAGGCAUCAACUACAAGCACAAGCCCAUCGCUGUCGCUGUAUCUACGAGCAGAUUUUCGGUACAAAAUCGAAAUGUUGCUCCCCAGCACAAAUUUUGCCCGAAUUGGUGUGACAUUUCCCAAUGGUUCAAUAUGUGACCCCAUUGACAAUAGAAGCCUUCACCGCAAUAUUGAUUUGUAUGACAGAAAUUUCCUUCUACGACAUGAUUACGAUCGGGCAGGGGUCGAUCAAAACGUUAGCUCGUUUUUUGACAACUUCAUAAGCACAAUGCCUUUUGAACCUCUGGAUUACUUCUACACAAAUUAUAUAUCGAGUGGAGAAAGCGACAAAGCCACUCUUUACAGUGGAUUGGUCAUUCCACCAUACACGAGCAACUAUAGUUUUGAACUCUCGUGUCAAGUAUCCUGCAAAUUCCAACUCUCAUUGGGAGCAGAGAGUGUUUUGCUUCUUACCGGAAAUGGAGUCACGCCCGUGGGAGUAUUGGACAGAUCCUCGUUUUGCAUCCGGGUAUGGCUUAUUGGCGCUGGAUCAUUAAAAAUUAACCGAUACGACAAAUAUGAGCAAUUCAUUUCAACAGUCACUUUCAGUUCAAACGUAUUACCUUCAGCUCAGACAAGCUACACAAUUCUUACUCCACAACUUGCAGUGCACAAUGCAACAGCUUUGAGUGUUUCACUUUCAUCUGGGACAAGACUCAGUCACGCUGACAGAUGGACUCCUAUAACAAAUUACGAAAUUCUUUGCUUCGAUGAUACAAGGACCGUAUUGAUAGAGACGUUCCAUAUUGCUACUUCGCUCACACAAAAUAGACUUUUGGUUGGUCUUAAUAACUAUACCUAUUACGAAUGUUUUGCUAAUCAUUUUGGAACUAUCAACGGCAUUACUCGUGAUAGUGAUCCUGCAAUAAAACGGAAUUACAGUUUCCAAUCAAGCUAUUCUCGAUAUCGAACGGGAGAGAAUGUUCCUAGUGCAGAGCCACGGAACCUCAGAGGUGAGCGCCCAGGGCUUGGACAAAUCAGAAUAGAAUGGGACGCCAUACCCGUGGAAAACCACGAAGGUAGUCUGACCUACAAGAUUUAUUAUCGCAAGAAAUCAGACUCGCCAGACUGGACUUCAACUACCCGGACAUAUUUGUACCACACUUUCCGCAGCCUUGAAUUGGAGUUUUACCAGUUCAAGGUUUGUGGUAUUACAGGAGCAGGCGAAGGGCCAUGUAGCCAAGUGAUUGAAAUGCGACCUUUGGCUAGAAUCAACCAAAUCGAAAGAGAAAGAAAUUCUUUUUCCUUUGAAACUAACAUGCUUCUGACAAACAAAGCUCUUGUUGGUCACGUCCUUGCGAAGUAUAGUGUCAGAUCUGUGGAGGAGUGCUUCAGGAAAUGCUCCACCUGUCUCAACUCUGGUGUUUGCAAGUGCGCAUCUUUCAACGUGGAACAUAUUCGCAUUGGUUACACUAGUGUUUGUGAGCUCAACGCUGCAUCUUCUGAAUCAAGGCCAAAAGAUCUGCUGGAGAGAGUUGGAUAUCAACACUUUCGAGUGUCACUGGUUUCUGUGCAAGAUGCCGUUUAAGGUCCAAUAGUUGGCCCGCGUAACCUGUUGAACAUAACGUUUUAGGACACGCCAAGAAGGAUUUGUCGUUUGCUAUCAGAAUAUUGUGUCAACAAUGAAAAUUGGUUGCCUGCUAAUAGAACCUCUUCUUUUCAAUCACAAGUCAAUGUUUUCCAACCAUCUAUUUCUGAAAAAAAUCAUGUCCGCAUCUUUGUAAUCCAAAAUUGUCUAUGUUUUAUUCAAAAAAUGUUUGUUUUAUAAACUAUUGAACUUAAAAUUUGAAGAAAUUCGUACAGAAAGCAGCAUUUUCUGAUAACAAAUAGCAUAUUGAAAUAGCAAUCAACAAAUUAUGAUUAUUAUUACCACUUUUAACUUCUAACAGGACAUAAGCGGUGCACUCUGAGACCGCAAGCAUUUCUAGAAUGUAAAUAUCGGGUUUUAAAGUUGCAUCAUAUUUGGUGCUUUUGACUUCUAACUUUACAUAAAUGGUGCACUAAGGGACUGCAAACGGUCUUAAAAUUGCAAUGUUCGGGUUUUGAACCUGCGUUGAAUUAUAGCUGAUGCGUAGAACUUCUAGCAGGACAUAAACGGUGCACUAAAGGACCGCAAACUGUUCGAAAAUGUAAUGUUCGGGUUUUGAACUAGCAUUGAAUAAUAGCUGGUGCUUUUAAUUUUAGCAUUAUAGAUCGAGACGUGCUCCAGAAUAUUUCAGUUACGAAACAGUGUUGUUGCUGGCCAGAUUCACUGUAUAUUGAAUGAAAAUAGACCAAAAACAUACCCUAAAACCAGGAAUAAAAAUUGCUGAAAGCAAGACACUUUUGCAUGCAUUCAUUGAAUCAGGCAAAAAAGGACAGUGGCAUUUUUGCCAGCCAGUCGAGCGUGCUUUCGUUGUAAACUUCAUUAUUUAGUUAUAGUGAUAGGUAAAAAUUCCCAACCCAUCUCUAUCUUAAUUCUAUCUACGACUGGUCCACCCCUCUUUCCGCACUAAGUUUGGUUUGAUGCUAAGAGACUAGAUUAAACGGGUGCUAUUAGAAAUAUGAUCAUAAAACGAAAUAUUAUAUAUCAGUGAGCUUUGAUGAUUAUAUUAUAUCAAUUCACCUUUAAGAAGUAGCAUAGAGUGAAUCUUAUUGGUUGUGUGGUAAUUGAGACUGGGUUCCGGAUGACUAGUAGUAUAAAUGAUAAGAUAUAUCACAUUCAAGGCACGCGAAUCAAAUGUCUUUUGAGUUUUUUGUGUCCUAAGCUACGCCUUUCAUUCAUACUACCACUCUAGUUAUGCAGUCCAUUAAUUCCAUCAUGCAGUUUUAGCAAACAAGCAUCAAAUCCAACGACGUCAGAAUCAAAAGAUGUUGAGCAUCAGAUCCAAACCCUCGGACCAUUCCCUCUGCCAGCUUCAUGGGGGUUGCCUGUUUUCUUCUUUAGGUUUUCUUUCUUGCCAAUUAUUUUCUGUUUGCCACCUUUUCAAGUUCCGAACGCUCAAUGGCGGCGCCAGCCAAUACGCUCUAGGGGGGACAAAACAAAAGAUUUUAGGCCACGCCCUUUUCAGCACCAGAAAACGCCCUUUUACUAACAAGGAACGCCAUUUUUACCUGAAGGGAACGCCCAUGACUCACUUUUCGCUAUAUAAAGGCAGUUUCAAAAUCAUGGGAUUACACCACAAAAAAUACGUUGCCAAAACAUUACCCCUCCCCCAAUAUUUUCUCAUCGGAUUUAGACGAAAUACAAAAUUGAUCCUGCCGAGAACUGGGGGGACGUGUCCCCCCAGUCCCCCCGUGGCGCCGCUACUGCGAAAUCUCUUGACGUCAAUGAUCAAAUCAGUCAGCGUCAUUAAUCAUCUUGGAACU